AUGGUCACAUGGUCGAGGAUGCUGGGAAAUGUGGUCUCCGCCCCGCCCUCUGUUUCUAUGCGACCCUCAGCCCUCGCGCCGCGUUCCGCCACGGGCAUCCUCAGUUUCCAAACUGGAGACGUUGGAGCGACAUCCGCUCUCAAGUGGAAAAGUCGACCCGGGAAGCCAAAACUAAAUAAGACGGAAGGAAUCCCCGAACAGGCAUCAGUCAAGGUAAGAGUGAAGAUGAAUUCAUGGUCUGUGCUGUGUCUGUCACUUCUUCUGUUUUAUACCCAUUUCUCACUGGCCAAGAAAGGAGGAGGAGGCUUUGGAAAAAGCUUCAGCUCAAAGAAGACCUCCCCAUCCAGCCGAGGCAGCACCCACACUAACACUAAUACAGGCCACAAAAGUAAUCAGGGCUCCACCUCUCAGGGUGGAUACCCCAGACAGCCUGGACAACCCAAUCAAGGAGGCUACCCUCCGCAAUCAGGCAGACCUGGGUAUCCGGGUAGUUACCCCCAGUAUCCAGCACAGGGCUCACCAUAUGGAGGAGGGUAUGGCGGUUAUGGUGGCCAUGGUGGUUAUGGUGGCCAUGGGGGUUAUGGCGGUUACGGUGGUCAUGGACGUUAUGGUGGUCAUGGACGUUAUGCUGGUUAUGGGGGUUAUGGAGGUAAUGGGGGUUAUGGGGGUUAUGGAAGUUAUGGUGGUGGCUACAUCAACCAAAACCCAAAAAACCAAAUCCUAAGUCCUCGCUAUGGUGGCAGCUUUGGUUAUGGAGGCUAUGGUUAUCGUGGCGGAUCUCCCUUUGCUCAGUCAGUUCAGUCAAUGGGCGUGUAUCCCGAAGACAAAUCAAGACAGUUUGGACGCAGUGCGAUGAUGGCAGCAGCUGGAGGGGCUAUGGCGGGAAUGGCCCUGGGCUACGGGUUAGGAAGGUUCCCCCGUCCUCACUUCCACUUCCACAGCCCCCAGGAGGAGUAUUACUACAACCACUACAUGUACAGGAAAUAUGGUACCAAGUCUACUGACACCAAUGACUACGGCAGAGACUACAGCUACAGCCAACCCCCUAAAAACUAUGAUAACUUCAUGGAUGAGUGCAUAAAGAGAAAAGACCUUCUGCCUGCGGAGAAUCAACAGCCAAACAUCAAACCAGCUGCCACUACCAAAACUACAACUACUGCUGUCACCUCAGCCCCAGACACUCGCAGCAACGCAACAGAGAGCAACAGCACUGCAGCAGGUAACACCACAACCUCUGCACCUUCAACCGCCCAGCUUCAAAAUCAGACUGAAGCCAGCCCUGUGCCUCCAGCUUCACAGGCUCUCGAAAAAACUGUUACUGAUGAUGAUGAUGAUGAUGAUGAUGAUGACACAGUCAGCAUUGUGGAGAUCGGCUACCCAGCACUGAUCAAGCAGCUGAAGGUCAGGAGAUGCUUGGACCUGUACAUGGUUUACUCUGAAAAGUACCUGAUGAAAGUGACAGGGGGCGUUCAGGGACUGGAGAUGGGCUCGCGGGGGCUUUUAGCUGUGGUCACCAGUACUAUACUGAUGCUACUGAAUAGCAACAUGCUAAUGCUGCAUUGA